GUAUCACGGUGCAGACUGGAAGUGUUGCUGUCAAAGGGAAUUUUCAACUUUCUGUGAGUGGAGGGGAAUGUUGACAUCAACUGCAGGUCUCGAGUAAAAGAAACAACUUUGCCAGCCAUAAAGAGUAUUGGCCUCACUCUGCUGCCAGUUUUUAUUCCCCACCUGUUUUUGAAAUGUACCGUGGCUCAAGACAAGACUGUAAUGUGGAAUCCAAAAGGUUUCCAGGAUCCACUGGGACGGCCACCAGGCCUUCUGGGACCAGCCAGGAUGGUACAGCAGGGCAGCUGACAUCUAUCGCCGUUCGGCCCAAAUCUGUCAUCGUUGUCCGUUCCACACCUUCAGGAGAGAAUAUUCAGUGUGAGAGCUACUCAUUAAAAAAAGAGACGGAGAGACUUUCAACAGAAACUAUGCCUGGGACUUUCUCUGAGUUUCCUGCCAAGAAAAGCCAUAAUAGUACAACAAAUAUUCCUUUUCCUGCAAACGUCUGCUUACUCCCACCUUCCACUCCUGGUAUGAUGGAUGAAGAACGAGGUUCCUGGCGUCGCUGCUCAUUAAAUGAGAUGAACAAUGUUUCGUCCUUUCGCCGCCAUGCCCUCAGUGUCCCCAACAUGGGCACUUCCAGUCCCUUUUGUCUGAUGAACAGCAGCCCUCUGCAUAGCAGGCCUCUCUCACCAGCACUCAGCAACCUAUCCAGCCCUGGAAGAGACAUGGAGAAGCUGGCUAAAGCACGGAGUAAACUCUUGGAGAGUGAAAGCAAUCAAACACCAACACUUCCACCAGAAACACGAGAGCAACUUAGGUACGUCUCCAAGGAUGGAAAGUGCCGCGUCAACCUGUGCCACAUUUCAGAACGAGGACGUUUCUUGUCUGAUAUCUUCACCUCUUUUGUUGACCUCCAGUACCGCUGGUUUCUAUUUGUUUUUAUGAUGUGCUAUAUCACCACCUGGUUCCUGUUUGCUGUGCUUUACUACAUAAAUGCAUCCUUUCGAGGUGACCUAGGGAGACCUCUUGGGAGUCCUGACAAUCCCCUCAUUAACCAAACGCCAUGCUUCAUAGGCCUAGAUGGCUUCAUUUCAGCUCUACUCUUCUCUGUGGAGACACAGCGAACUAUCGGUUACGGGUCACGCACGGUGUCUCCCACCUGCCCUGAGGGAGUGCUGCUGGUCAUGGUGCAGUGUAUUGUUGGCUCCAUGAUAGAUGCCCUUAUGGUGGGCUGCAUGUUUGUAAAAAUAUCCCGGCCUAAGAAGAGGGCAGAAACACUUCUCUUCAGUCGCACCUGCGUCAUUGCAAACCGUGAUGACCAGCUGUGCCUGAUGUUCCGUCUGGGAGACUUGAGAGAGAGCCACAUGGUGGAUGCAAAAGUUCGUGCAAAGUUGAUCAAGUCCCGCCAAACGGCUGAGGGGGAGUUCCUGGCGCUCGAGCAGACAGAGAUUGACCUCGGUUAUGAAAGUGGAUCAGAUCGACUUUUCCUUGUGGAGCCUCAAGUCAUUCAACACAGUAUUGAUGCCAGCAGUCCGCUAUGGGAACUGGGACCUGAGCAACUUAGAAGACAGCAGUUUGAAAUAAUCGUGAUUUUGGAAGGGAUUGUUGAGGCUACAGGCAUGAUGUGCCAAGCUAAAACGUCUUAUAUUGAAACGGAGAUUGAGUGGGGCGCUCGCUUUGAGCCGUGCAUGACCCUGGAGAAGGGCUCGUUCAGAGUGGACCUGCGUCGGUUCCACAGCACCUACCAGGUGCCGCUGCCCAAGGGCAGCGCCAGCCAAGCUCACCAGCUACUGAUGGAGGCCCAGAGUCACAAAGCCUGCCGAGAAUGGGAGGCUUGGGCAGAAGGAAUGGCCAUGGAGGACAAAGACAAGUCGCCAUCUCACAGAGGAUUUACUAUCGGUAACAUUAGGGAGGAGAAAAUGUCUGAAGGAAAUGAAAGUGAAGCAAGUGCAGACGGGACAGUUUAAGCGUUCUUUUUUAAUAGAAUUUAUGUUGAAUAACUUAAAUAAGGAACUCCAGGACAGACUGUAUUCACACGUUGAUACAUAUCACUGCAGGGAAAGUCCACUAUAUCUCUAGAGCACUUUUUUAGUCUUAUUUACCAAAAUAAAAACAAGCAUCUCCUUUCUUGGGCAUGGCUGUUCAAUGUCCCUGCUGAAAUGAGUUUCUUAUGCAUUGUCUACAAUUUGGAGCAAAUACAAAUCAAAUUGGAAAGUUGUGAUGGAAAAAUAUGCAAACACUUCAGGACAGAAGACUCAAAACAAUAUUUCAAAAUGCACAACAAUGUAUAUUUUGCAUUUUGAAAAUACAAUCGGCACCCCAAAUCAAUGAAAAGCAAAUAAAUACAUUCAGAAGUUCAAGUUAAAGUGAUCAGACAGAUUCACUUGCAGAACAGUCAAACAGAAACAUAAUCAGCACCUCAAAAAGAAAAAACGAGGCAUAAGAAAAAGACUAGCAAAAGGAAGCCACAUUUUCAUAUUAUCACGAUUGUAUAAUAAAUAUUUGAUUUGUGGAAAGAUUAUAACCAAGUAACAUAAGUUCAAUUGAUUUCAACUUUGGUCUUUUUUUCUGUAAAACAACUGAAUGCACAUCCCCAAGAAUUGUGAGGAUUUCUUUUGGUUUAUCUUUUUUUUUUUCUUCCUGCUGUGAUAUCCCUUGUUUUGUCUAGAAGGACUAAGACUUUGUAUGUUUAAAGAAGAGUGUUGAGAUUAGACUUUAAACUGGAAUAACCCACAGCGUGAGUGAUCGAUGGAACCAGGAUUAUGACAACUCACAUCAGAAAUCUCUGGUUGGGACUUCUCUUCCUGUUACUCAUGGAAAAAGUCACUUACUGUUCUUUUUUUAAAAAUAUGUCUAUGUCUCAUUUCAUUCACACAACUAGAUUUAUUUGCACCUAAAUACACCAUAUUGUGCAGCUUCCCUCAUUUUGACAUUUCAUUGACUUCUGUUCACUUUGUGCAGUUUCAUUAAAAUCCAAACUCUGACCUUGAACAUUUCCAGUUUAUGCCUAACCCUCAUCUCACUUCAACACUCACAACAUGCUUCAUCUGUUUUUUUUAAUCUGUAUGCACUAAUAAAAAUAUAGUUUUAAACUCCAAACUGAUUUGUCUACACUAUAUAAAGGUGGAAUGGCAGAGUUUUUCCCAGCUAAGACUGGGUGGAGCAG